AAAUUGUGAUCGAAUUUCAUAUCUUGCUGGGAUAAGGACCAAACUGCUGAAUCUGCAAGGAAAUAAAUCAAAUAAAUCUGCUCAAAUGAAAAAAAUGGUAAAAUUAUCAGUGACAUUCCUUCUUCACCAGGGAGAUUGCAACAAAUAUGUACAGUGUUUCAGGGGAAAAUGUUCUAAAGUUGAAGAUGACCCAGAUCUGGAGUUUGAUCAACCAGUUCCUGAGUAUAUAAACAUGACAAGAAAGCAUUUUCCAAACCAAACCGACACAAAAAGGUUUUCUGUAGAUAUGGAACCAGAAGAAGAUUUAGUCGUACCAAAGUUAAUCCACAUGGUCUGGGUUGGAUCGUCUCUACCCUUGGAGUACUACAAGGGACCCUUGUCUGCUGUACAGUACAAUCCAGACUAUGAAGUAUUUUUGUGGUUAGAUGAACACACACCUGUAAAAGAAGAUCUUCAGAAUCAUCCAAAUAUUAAAAUAAAAAAUAUCAAGGAUGAUGUUUGGUUGAAUCAGGAUUUAUUGGAUCAGUGCACAAACUUUGCAAUGUUCACUGAUAUACUUAGAAUGGAUAUUCUUUACAAAUAUGGGGGAAUAUACUUGGAUAUGGAUUCCUUAGUAAAAAGAAGAUUUGGUCCCGUGUUUUCCACGAGUUUUGUGACCUACACUCCUCAUGAUUAUUACAAGGAUAUUGACUGGAUGCAUAAGUCUGGAGUUAUGGCUGAACACAAGGCUUCAAUAGAAAAUGCUCAGCUGGGAAUGCCGAAGGGCUCUAAAUUUAUGAAGUAUAUACUGGGGUGCUUAAAAGAAAACUUUUUUAAGCACACACCUACCCUACAAAAGACAGGGCCUCAGUUUUUUACUGCUGCCUUCUUGGAAUACAUUGAUAAUAAUAAGAUAAAGCUGAUUAAUUGGAAGUACACAGUUAAAGAAUCUCCUGAUUCAGUUAUUGUAGACCACCCACUAGAUGCAGAUUGGUCAGACAAGGAAAAUAUACUAAUUGGUCAGAAAUAUUGUCGAAACAAGGAUAACCCAGGUAACUGUGAGGGAUUAUAGCUCAGGUUAGAAGAAAGUUUCAGAACAACAAAUUGCGAUCGCAUUUAUAUGUAUAACUUAAUUAAGAAAAUAAUAAAUUUAUAUUUAAU